AUGGUGCUCGAUUUGGACCAGUUUCGUACCGACAAAGGUGGCGAUCCAGAAGUCAUCCGUGACACCCAAAGGAAGAGGUUCAAAGAUGUAACACUCGUUGAUAAACUGGUCGCCGCAGAUACAGAGUGGAGAAAAUGCCGCUUCACUGCAGACAACCUCAACAAAGCCAAGAACCUCUGCAGCAAGAGCAUUGGGGAGAAAAUGAAGAAGAAGGAAGCAGUUGGGGAGGAUGAGUCUCUUCCGGAAGAAGCCCAGAACGUGGAGUCCCUGUCAGCUGAAACCCUAUCGCCCCUGACGGUAACCCAAAUCAAGAAGGUGCGUUUGUUGGUGGAGGAGGCGGUGGAGAAAGGUGACAGUGAGAGGACAAAGCUGGAGGCGGAGCGCUUCGAGUACCUGAGGGAGAUCGGCAACCUUCUGCACCCAUCGGUCCCCAUCAGCAACGACGAGGACGCAGACAACAAGGUGGAGCGUACCUGGGGCGACUGCAGUGUCCAGAAGAAGUACUCCCAUGUGGACCUGGUGGUCAUGAUCGAUGGCUUUGAUGGAGAGAGGGGAGCUGUUGUGGCUGGGAGCAGAGGUUACUUUCUGAAGGGGCCGCUGGUGUUCCUGGAGCAGGCUCUCAUAACUUACGCCUUAAGGAUCCUCCACAGCAAGAAUUACACCAUGCUCUACACGCCCUUCUUCAUGAGGAAAGAGGUCAUGCAGGAAGUGGCCCAGCUCAGCCAGUUUGACGACGAGCUUUACAAGGUCAUCGGUAAGAGCAGUGAGAAGUCGGACGACAACUCCGUAGAUGAGAAGUACCUCAUCGCCACCUCGGAGCAGCCCAUGGCCGCCUUCCUGAGGGACGAGUGGCUCAAACCCGAGGACCUGCCCAUCCGCUACGCCGGCUUCUCCACCUGCUUCAGACAGGAAGUGGGCUCCCAUGGCCGAGACACCCGCGGGAUGUUCAGGGUGCACCAGUUUGAGAAGAUUGAGCAGUUUAUCUAUUCCUCCCCGCAUGACGGCAAAUCCUGGGAGAUGUUUGAUGAGAUGAUCGGGACAGCAGAGGAGUUCUACCAGUCACUAAGGAUUCCUUAUCGCAUCGUCAACAUCGUCUCUGGUGCCCUAAACCAUGCAGCCAGUAAAAAGCUGGACCUGGAGGCCUGGUUCCCCGGCUCUGGUGCCUUCAGGGAGCUGGUCUCCUGCUCAAACUGCACCGACUACCGCCGGCGCCUCCGCAUCCGCUACGGACAGACCAAGAAGAUGAUGGACAAAGCAGAGUAUGUGCACAUGCUGAACGCAACCAUGUGUGCCAGCCACUCGUGUGAUGUGUGUGCCAUCCUGGAGAAUUACCAAACCGAAGAAGGCAUCGUUAUUCCAGAGAAGCUCCAGCAGUUCAUGCCUCCUGGUUUGACAGAGUUCAUUAAGUUCGUCAAACCCGCUCCCAUUGAUCAGGAGAUGUCUAAGAAAACCAAGAAGCAGCAGGAUGGAGGAGGGAAGAAGAAGAAGCAGGGAGGAGGAGAGCGCAACCUGCCCAACGCCAUGGAGACCAUGUCCGUCAGCGAAUCAUAGACUGCAGCACACACAGAUACAGAUGGAGGAGAGCCUCGUGUGGAAGCAUCAGGGGUCGACCUCUCUGAGGAGGCACCUCCUGUUCUCCUCACAGCUGGUCAUCUCAGCUGUUCCUCUCCUCAUUCACAUGAAGCACACUGAAAAAGCUUCUCUGUACUCUCAACACCCGUCUGUGUGUCAUCUGUCUGUCUGUCCCUCUCACAUCUGCAGCAACACUGAGCCUAAAACGAACAGUAAGGCUGCUUGUAUUCAGAAUUAAACAUGCCUACAUUUCAUGGCAGAAGGUUUCCGUGUUUCCUUUUGUAUAACUGAUCAGUAACUGAAAUCUCCAUUCACCACCUGCUUUGUGAGAACAAAGACGGCCUCUCUUCUGUAACACGCGGUUGAUUUAUUCACAUCUGAAAUGGCUUUUCUAGUUUCGACUUCUAUAAUUCAGAAUUCAAUCAGUGAUCGGGUAUUUCAAGUGUCUUGGGUUCCCUUCAUGUCAUCUCUGACCACAAUCAUCAUCUUCGACCAUCGUUGCUUGCGUGACAUUACUGUCGACCAUAAUGCCUUUCACGGCUUAUGAUUGAGACAAUGAUGUCGUAUGAACUCGCUAAUAUAAAGAUAUAUAGAUAUAUAUGUGUAUAUAUGCAUGUGUGUGUGGUU